GCAUUACGGAGUAUUUGUUUUCAAUAUACAAAGUACAAUAGUAUUUAUAUACAUACGCACUACACACCUCCGGGCUUGGGAAAAGAAUGGCAAAACCUGUCCAUUAGCCACUCUACGGAGGUUGAAUUCUCAAGGUUAUUUUCCAUUUGUAAAGAUUGGAGAUAUUCAGUCAUGUGAAAAGGAUUGGACUGAAAUCCAUGGUGGAAGGAGGCUCAGUCGUUCAGAAAUAGAGGUCGGAGGCAGGGUCAAGAGACGAGUCACUAUUACAGGGAGUCGAGGCUAUACAGAUGAGUCGAUGACCGGCGGGGGCUGCAGCCUAGGAUUACAGGUGCCAUAACUGAAGAAGAAUCUGAUAAGGCUGUUGCCGCCAGUUGCCGGUAGAGAGGAAGAAGAUGGCGAAUCUGACCGGCGGUGUGUUUGAUGGAAAAAAUUGGUAGAAUCUGAUGUCCUCAUUUACGGAAAUUCUCUCCAGCGGUGUGUUUGACCGAAGGGAAAGAGUGUUGCUUUUGCUUAUUCCUAGUUUUACUACAUACUCUGUAUAUGAUUCUCAUAUGGAAAAAAUGGUAGAAUAUAUAGCUUGGUGAGUUGGCAAUGGGAUGGGCUUUCUGAAACUAGAAGGUGAGAUAGACUAUGCCCCUUUUUUAUCAUUCCAGGUCAUCACCACAACCAAAGUUCAUAAUGCCGUUGGAGAAGUAAUUUUACAUUAAAAUAAUGUGGCAAUUCAUUGUUUAGCAAUCCACUCCCUCAGUACGGAUGCUCUUACAACUACUCCAAUGACUAUUGUUUUAGUACCAUUUCAGUGACUACCGUCCUAGUUACUACCGCUCCGGUGAUUACCAUCCGAGUUACUACGGUGCAGUGACUACCGUUUCAGUUACUACUGACUAUCGUUUCAGUUACUACCCCUAAUGACUCCAUCAUUCUUGAUGACAAAAAAAUCCUUUAGUUACCAAAAUUUGUAAUGGUGUAGAUCACAGUGACCAGCCUUGCCGCCGAUCAUAGCGACCUGUAGGUCAGGGCCACAUUGACCUGCCGGCCAGCGACCUCGCCACCCCCAGUGACCUCGUCACCCACAAUGACCCGACCUCCAGUGACCCAACCUGAGUGACCUAUGGCCAGGACCAGACAUAGUCUGAAGCGUUGUACACCAGUGACACCGUACACCACUGUUGACUGCCUUCACCAUCACAACCAACCACCGCCAUGGACAACAUCGCCGCCGUCAACCACAGUCAGAAAUGACGUCGGCCCCAACAACCCCAAAUUUGACGCCACUGCCGCAACAGAUCCAGCGCAUCCGCCAACAUAUGUCAAACAUAACCCUCUAUGCGGUGACCGCCGCCACUACCAUGGACGUUCAUCCCAACCCCAGACCCUAUCGAUGGCCUCCUCUUCCCGCAUACCGCUGCAACCACCUUCAUCUAAAUCGCUUAAUACUCCUAGCCACGUGCCCUUCCGUCGCAACACAUCCCAACCUUUAGAUGAAGAAGGAGAUCGGUGGGAGGCGACGGCGAUGGCAGAGGCGGAGGUGAUGGAUGGGGCGACUGAGACGACGACGAUGGAUGGGGCGAUUAUGACGAUGGCGAUGGAUGCGGCAAUGGAGCCGGUGGUGAUGGAAGCGAUGACGGAAAUAGCACCACGACGGCGGCUGCACCUCUGGAAGUAAGAAUCGAGCAGACUGAACGAAGAUCUGGCAUUUAGGGUUUCAGUACUGUUUUUGUCUCUUCAUUUAUAAUCACAC